AUAGGAUAUAAAAGAUAAAGCGCACAAGUAGUUGCGGACGUUGGAGGAAACCUUGCAGCAACAUGACAAAGAAGAAAGAGAGAAGGAAAGAGAGCAAACUGAGGAGUUACCUGAAGGCGCCUUUAAGGUUCUUGACAAAGGCCAGGGACAUGUACGUUCGUGGCAUGAUCGACUGCUCUGGCCAAUUAUCCUAUGUGGACGCCUCCAUGGGAUGCCCCACUGCCCACCUUUCCACAGUUCCAAGAAGCUUCAGUGUUAACUCAGCUUCAAGCGAAGAUGAUUUCAAGGACCUCGUAAGGGCCGCGUCGCUUAGGAGCUAUGGCCAUCACUUUCACUUUGAUGAAGCUGCCAUCAAAAUGCCUCGCAGUCGCAGCGCCGGAAUUGGAAGGAUCGAUGAAAACAAACCGUGUGAGUUUGGCCAUGAUGAUGUGAUCAAGGUCAGGCCCAAUAUUUAUCCACGAAGUAAAAGUUAUGCCAUCCAUAGAGGAGGAGCAGGGUUGUUUUGAUUAUUACAACGUUUUGUAACAAAAAAAAAAACAUGUAAGAUAAUGAUUGCUUGUUGUUUCUCUUGUUUGAUAAUUUGUGAAAAUCGUUCAGUCUUUUCUUCUGGCCCCUGGAGUGUUAUGUGAGAAUUUUAAAAAUAAUGUUUGGAUUCAGAAUUUGUAAGUACUGUUAUGUGAAUUGGUAGCAAUGGAAAUUUAAGUUUCGUUUCGUC